AUGGAUGCCGUGGAUGUGUUGGUGCUUGUGGGUCUUCUUGCUGCGAUUUCCUUCUUCGGUUUGUACACAGCAUUGCGCGGCUCGAAGCAGGCGACCACCACUCAGGUUCUUCAUGGAUCGAAAAGUCCCCGGUCCAAGCAAGCAUGGGAGCAGAAGUUGUUUGAGUUGCUAAUUGCUGAGCAGUUGCAGAUUCUGUUGUAUGUCUCUGUGGCAUUGUACGCUCCAGCUUUGGCUCUUUCAACGAUCAUCUCGAUACCUCUCUCUCUGUCGAUCCUCCUCACUGCUGGUCUUGCUGCACUUUAUGUUAUUUUGGUAGGUUCUUUUUCCUAA